AUGUUAGAUGAACUAUAUAAAGCAGAACGUGGAGAGAUGGAAAAGAAACUUCAUGCAAAAGAUGAAGUCAUUGAAUCCAAAGACAAAAGCAUACAGAAAAGAAUACCGCGUUCAGUACCAAAAGGAAAGGAAAAGAGUUAUAAGUAUAUGAUAUAUACUGAAGAGAUGGAAAAUGAAGAAGAUAAAGAUAUGGUUAUGUUGCAUUUAGUCAGAAGAAACAACAAGAGCUUUUAUGACUUAGCUAAGAUUUACAAAUCUGACAGAAACUGGUUCUAUCGUGAAAACUUACCGAUUUCAAUGACACCGAAUGAACAAAUAAAGGAAAUUGUCAAAAAUACUCAUCCUCAAACACACUAUGACAUCAAAGGUUGUACAAUACUUACAUUCAAAGAAGACUUAACAUUACUGAAGGAAAAAAUAACAGAAUAUUUCGAUAACUUCAAAGAGGAAGAAUGA